GGAAGCGUUCUUGUUGUCCUCCGUCAAGAAGAACGUGGCGAUGCUUUCAAUCAGGCAAUGCCGUGGGCAAGCGGAUGGGGGCCUUCCUCCCUAUGAGUCGCAGUGCGGGGCUCCCUCCAGGACGGGCUCUUCCUUAUCUGUACGACGUGCUGGUGUUGCUACAGCUGUAUCUGCCGCGACCCGGGGCUUGUAACGGCGACGGAUGGGCGCGUGUGGUCGCGGCGGGAACCAUGAUGCCCGGGGAGACUCCGCCCGCGGCCACCACCGCGGGCAUCGCGGCGGAGGCGGCGGCGGCCACGGCCUGCGCUAACUGCGGAGUGCUUCAGCAGAAUUUAAAUGAAUAUGUAGCUGCCUUAAUCGCAUUAAAGCAAAAAAUAAUUGAUACAGACCACUUGCUGACAGAAUACCAACAAAAGUGCAACGAGCUUCAGUUUGCUGAAAGAGAAAACAACACUCUUCGCCACCAAGUAGAACAAAUGCUUCAGAAAAUAUCUCCUCUAGAAAAGUGCCAGGAAGAGCUGGAUUCUGUGAAAGCGGAGCUGGAGGAGAAAAAGAGUUCACUCAAGAUAUACCAAGAGACUUCUCUGGAAUAUGUUCGAGUGAAAGAAGAAAUGGACAAAAGUGAUGCUAUGAAGAAGAAACUGGAAGCUAAAGUGAAGAAGCUUGAUGAGGCUGCAGCAAAACAUCUCCAGAGCCUAAAGCAGUUGAAAGCAGAGAAGAAAGUUCUUGAGAAAGAAUUGAAGAAAGCACAGGAAAAAACUGAGGACUUGCAUAAUGUGAAGCCAAAAAAAGUGUUGAAGCAUGCAGAGACCCAGAGUGAGAGCGAGAGUCCGGUAGCAAAUUUAGACAAAGAAAAAAUUAAACUGCUAUUGGAAGAACUCUGGAUAUGUAUUGACAGCUCCACAGGAAGAAAUCAAAUCAACAAAAAUGACUACCUCUUAGUUGAUUAUCAUGGUCAUUCAAGAGCACAUGAAAAAGCAAAAACAAUGCUGAAUCAUAAAAAAUGCAAGAAACCCCAAGAGAGACCUUCUCAUUCCUCACCUGAAGCCUGUACAACACAAAUGUCUGUGACAUCACUGCAGAUAAAAUUGGACAGCAAUUCUGACAGAUAUGAUGGUGUGGUAGAAAAUAGCGCAACAGAAAUGACUGAGGCUUGCAAUAACACUCUUUGCAAGGACAAAUCUUCGGCAGUCAUAAAGACAGAUUUAACUGAGAGUGGCAUGGAUCUUUUCUAUAAGGAGCAGGAAGAACUUGGUGAAAAUCUGCAAGAUAUUUUGAAGUGGGUUAGACCUCUUCCACCUCUACUGUCUCCCAUACAGUUCUCGCCUACUGCUACACCAGAUGUGUUAUUUGAAGACCUAACAGAUUCCAGUGAUGAAGAAAUGGACCAGCAUGCAGAAAUGCUUGAAAGUUUUUUAGGAAAAUCUUGUCGGGAUGAGCCAAUGAAUGAAACUCUCAACAAAAACCACUCUGCAGAAUUGGAAAGCAAAUGCAACUCUUCUAGUGUAAAAAGUACAAUUGGAGAUCCUCAGAUAUCAUGCCAGAUAUUCAGCAAAUUAAAGAAAAAAGAGGCAGCACUACAUUCUGACCAUUUAACAGCAACAUCAAGAUAUGUUGAUGAGAGAGAUGAAGCAAAGCAUCUAGAAAAGAAUUCUGAGCUUAUGGAAACAGACACAGAGAUAGCAGCACACACUAUAGAAAACUUCGAUGAAAAGACAGUCGACAUGACAAAAACAAAAGACAAGACCUUGAUGCCUGACCUAGUGUCCAAUAACUUCCUGCAGAGACAGGAAAAAACAGUUGAGCUAAUGCAUGUGCACGAAGUGGUUACAAACUGCUUUGAACAUGCACUAGAAGAAUCCUGUGACUUAAUGAAGGAAGAGCUAACUGGAGUCCCAACAUCUCCAACAGAUGAUCAGCCUCAGACUCCUAAAAUUGGCCUUCAGCAGCAAACUCAAGAGCUGACUUUAGCUGCUGAAAAUAUGCCAGCAGCUUCUGAAAAAUUAAAGGAAGGUUCUAAUGUUGUCAUAGGAAUAGUAGUGGUAGAAGAUGGCUCCAGGGACAUUCAGACAAAAUCCAAUAUAGCAACAGCAAGAACUCCUAGUGAAGAACACACUGAACAGGAAAUAACAGAUGAGCCGAAUACAGCAACUGAAGAACUCUGCACAGGAAGAAGUGGUGUACCAAAGUCUAUAGAAGACGAGAUUAAUUUCAGCAAUUGUGAAUCCUUUUCUGAUACAGAGCAUCCUAGUGAACAAGUCCAGCAAGAGGAUGCUGGGGUAAAGCUUACACAGGCCAUCCAAAAAGAUGUUCCUGCUUCAUAUGCAUCCAUCAAAUCACUACAUGUAAAAGAAAACCAUUGUAAUGAAGAGACAUGCAACAAAGAAAACAAACAGAAGGUAAAUGGGGAGAAUGAACUAAUGAACAUUGGUGCUUCAAAUUCUAGUAUUGCAGUGGUAGCUGAUGGUUGCAAGAAUUCAUCAUCUUGCACAGGUGAAGUAAUCCAGACUGGAAGUGAAUGCAGCACUGCUAUGUCUAUUGAAAAUGAAGAUGGCAGCCUGCUGAUGGCUGUAAAUGAAGCUUUUGUAAGAAAAGAUAAACCUAUUGCAGAGGAAACCAAAUCAGUGAACAUGAACAAAGAAUGCCUACAGACAGAACUACUCAUUGACCAAAAAGAUUCUGUGAAAUCACAAGUGGAGCCAGAUUGUGAGAGUGAUCCUACAUUUCUAUCCCAAGCAGCUAUUAUCAAAGACAGUGUGUUGCUAUCUGAAGAACCUGUUAAAACUAAUCAUAUGGUCUUUGAGUGGGAAGCUGUCACUGAAAGUGCUUCAGAAUUGGGGCAGGUUGAAGAUGCAGAUGCAAAAUCUGAGCAAGAGUCCAAAAUACAUCACAUUUCAAAUAGCUUUCAUUCUACUGCUAUGGAAGAUGAAUAUUUGAUGUCAAAAAGGGUUGAGGAGAAAGACAGUGAGUUAUUGAACACCACAAACAUAGGGACUGUACAAUCUGUUAUUACAGAAGAAAGUGAAAAAGCAUUUGCUUUUGUGACUGAACAUGAGAGAACUGUGCAGUCCUGUUUGAUACCUGGAAGUUUGCAGUGUGGAAUAAAUGAUGUAUUGUCUCAAGUGACAAAUCUGAAUGGCAACUCAUCUGAUUCAAGGAAGUGUGCUGUGGAAGACCCAGAGAUGAAUUCUGAAUGCUCUGUAACAAACAAGGUGGUAUCUGAACAGAACACUAAUGAAGCUCCACCUCUGUCUGUGCAAGAUGUGUUACAGGCAGAAAAUGUAGAUCCUUCCCCUUCCACACUGACUGUUGGAUCCAAGUCUUCUACAGAGUUCACAGAUGUUAGAGCUUCCAACCUUGAAACCAGUUUUGAGCAUUUCAACAAAAAAUGUCAAGAUUCUGAUGCUUCACACAUACAAUCUCCUGUUCCAGUAUGUAUUUCCCCUUCCUCUCCAAUCAGAGAAGAUGCUAAUCAUAUUGAUUAUCAUGACUCUGGAGAAGAUCUGAAGGGUCGAGAGGCACAUGCUAGUGUUUCUGAAGGAAACCGACCUAAGCACCUGGAUUGUUGCAGUCAUUGUAACAACAAAAAUGAAGUAGAAGUUGAACAGUUAACCACCAGUGACCCCCAGAGACUAGCUCAUGUUAAAGAUUGUUGUAGUGUAGUUAUCUCUCGAACACCAACACCGGAGACACCCAGUCUAAAGAACUCUAACACAGCAUCCUUUUCUGUAGCAAGCAGAUCCGUUCCUGUUGAUGAGGAGCUUCUCAUUUCUCCCAGUGAGAAACUAGGAAGUCCUUUAAGAAGCAUCACUGUAGAACAUACUCUUGAUGAAGCAGCAGCUAAAGAAACAGAUGAAAUACUGAACAAUGGUAUAAAAACUGGAGAAGUGGAUGAGUUUAAGACCAAAACUACUCUUGGGUUGAUGGAUUCAUCUUUCUCUUAUACAUUAGAAGAAGUUUAUCCAUUAAGAAAGGUGGAUUGCACAAAGCAGCAUCCAAGGCUUCCGGUAUUCAAAGAGGAAUUGAGUACAGUCAGGAAUAGCCAUGCAGUUGUGCCAUCCAGUGUGACUGUAUCUUGUGGUGAUGUACAUAAGUUGUCCCAUGUCGCAGAAGAGGCAUCCCCCAAAGAUAAGCAGGCUACAAUAUGUGAUGCUGACUCCUUGACUGAUGAAACUGUUGCAAGGACAUCGGAGCAUUCAUAUGCAGCACAAUGGGCAUCUAGCAGUGAAAAUGCCCCAUUAAAAUUAGCAGCCUCUGUGGCAACAGAGAUGACAGAAGAGAGACAAGCAGAACAAAAUGUUUCAUCUGUUGCUUCACUUAUGAUUGAGGCAUUUGUGUCUAACAAGAAAUCUGUCUCUAAGUCAUCUGCCAGUGAUCUGGAGGCAAGUGGUGAUGGCAUUGCACCAGAUGCAGGGCACACUGGUUCUAGUGUAGAAACCUCAGAAAUACAUUCUGCUUCUUACCAAGGGAAAGCGAGUGCUAAGCAAGACAGAAACUUUGCUGCUUCAGGGUGGACCUCAAACAAGGAUCAGAAUAAUGUAAUAUCCCAUCAUGUUGACGGCGACGCACAUACAUCCUAUAACAAGAAAUGCUAUACAAAAAAUGCUGGGAGAACUCCUGCUGAUAAAACCAAUUGGAAUUCCUUACUUUCUGACUCAAAAGGUUCCGGCCCUGAACAACAGAAACUAGUGCCUGAGAAGCUGAAAUCAUUCGCUGCUGUUGCAUCUCAGUCAAAGAACAGAGCACAGCAAGUAUUUAAACCAUCUGACUCUCUAAAGCUUUCAGUAAAGGUAGGAGUUAAAGGUCAUGGCAGGCUACUCCAGAAAAUACCUAGCCAAAAGAUGAAAAGGAAAAGUCAGCAAACUGUGUUAGAUGAAACCAUUACACCCAAUGCAGAUACUUCCACACCAACAAAACAUUUUCCUAAAACUCUAACACAAAUUAGGCAAGAGAUGGGUCCCCCUUUACCCCCCUUGCUCCUACCUCUGAUAGCUACACCUCCGAGAACGGUUUGCCCUAUUUCCCCAAUAGUGUCGUCAUCUAGCCAGUCUUGCUUGCCAUCCUCACUUGACAAGUUGAUUUCUCCUUUACGAGAAACUCCAGUUCCUCCUCUAACGUCACCAUUGAUGGCUACCCCAAAGCACAAGUCUCCUGCUGCAUUUACUACUCCCUCUCCUUCUGAAACAAUAGGCCAGAGAACUCUGUCUUCCCCACUUCAGUUUUGUGCCACCACCCCCAAGCAUGCCCUUCCUGUCCCAGGCAGACUUCCUCCCUCUGCAGUUGGCAGCGCUGCACCACCUGUGCCUCAGGAAAACUCGGUGAAAACUUUGGACAUUAUGUAUCCAGAGCUAUCUCCCCUGGCAAGAACUCUCAGCAUCCUCAAAGGUAACAUUCAGCUCAGCAGAUCUUCUCUAGAUGGUGAGAAUAUCCCGCGACCUGCCUGUCAAAUCAGUGGCUUUAAAGCAAUUGCUUCCAAAAAUACUGCAUUUGUUAAAACGGGGACUAACUUCAAGACUGACCCAGAGCAGCCAUUUUCCAAUGUGAGCAAGUCUGGGAAAAGGACAUUGGGAUCGGUGGCAGUGCCGAGGAGUGCCAAAGUGCUGCGGUUAGAUAAGGUGCCAAAAUUGGAUCUCUACAAGGAGGAAGUUCCAGCGAAAGUCUCAGAUACUGACAUAGGGUGUCCUGCUGAUGAAACUAUCUGUCUGAGCAAUGGCAAUGGUACUCAGUCAACAAGUGACGGUGAUACAAAAUUGCUUUUGCCAGCAGUAGAAAUUGAUGAUCCUGAUAGCCAGGCUGUGACUGUAGCUUUGGAAAAAAUUUCCCGAUCCUGUGUUGACCUGUUCCCCAUUAUUCGUAGCCACUUUCUUGUGGACAAUACCUCCAAGAUCCCAGUAAUGAGCGAUGAAGAGAGAGAAGUUGUCUUUGAAUUUGGUGUUGUGAAAAAGUACUUGGCUGAGCCAGCAUUACAGGCUAUUUUGAAUAAGCUGAAGAAUCAGAGGACCUCUUUGGGCCACAAUCGUAUUCAGUCCUUUUGCAGGGUAUAUGUUGGAAUAUGCCGACAGCUGGGAGACCUUGAAAAAGCACGCCUGUUCUGCUAUAGUGUGCUGAAGGAAGACUUUCCCCAAUCUGAUAAGCUAACUUUGUUUAUUGGAAAUGCAUGGAGUGAGAUAUUUACCUCGGAAAGCGUGAUCAACAGAGCUAUCCAGUUAGUAGUUAGACAGCGUGGAAGAGGAGAAGUGCUGAAAUAUUUUAAAACAUACCUGAGUUGGGAAGAGAAUACACCAGUGGAUAUUGGCACAAUGGUCUCCAGUCUGCUUUUGGCAAUACGGUUGUGUCCACAAAUGGAAUUUCAUUUGAGUGAGCAAUAUGGUGAAGACCUAAAAGAGGGUACAUGGGAAUAUGUAUUUGCAAUUGAUCUGUUAUGCUCACAUCAAAAGUGGCACUGGACCCAUGAGAAUAUCAUAAGUAAAGAACUCUGGCCUAUCAUGGAUAAAUGGAUAAAGAACAGAACAGGCAAUGGAAACACUUCCUCCCCUUCUGAUAUAAUUGUAGCAACUGUGCUCAGGCUGAUUGGUCGUUUAGGCCAAAUAGGACUGAGAGGAGGAUUUUUCUCUGCUGUAGAAAAUAUCAGUUCUGUUGUUGGAGCGUUUCUACAAUAUGCCAAAGAGAAAGAUGUGCCCUGGGGUGUCCAGUUGGCCGCAGCAUAUGCACUCUGUGACUUGGGCCCAAGCAAUCCAUCUGGAAUACUGGAAGCCAUCCAUGCAUGGAAAGCUGUAACGACCAAUAGCCUUCCCCCUGCUGUCACAAGUGGCAUAGCAGAAGUCAGAAAUCUACUAAAGUAUACUCAGAGACCAGCAUAAAGUCCAUUUUCUUGUAUGGAGGGAAGCUGGACAGUGUCAUCUAAAGAAAUUUACUCAAAGCAACAUAAGCAGUGCAGGAGAAGAGCCAUGCACCUCUCUCCUUAGAUGGCUGUGGAAAAUAUCAGCUCCUGUAGAGAUGAUAUGAAGACAUCUUAGUUAAAUAUAGCCUGAUGUGCUUUGUGUUUCAGUUGAAACAAUGAGCAAUUGAGCUUUGCCCUGUCUGCUGCAAAAGAAAAAGACAAUACAUUGUCUUACUUAUGUGAGAGCUAGCUAUUUAUAUCGGGGGGGGGGGGGGAUGUUCAGCUAUGCAAAUAAAAGCAUGCUCUUAUAAAUGGUCUUCCAGGAUGUAAACUUCAUUCAGGCUCCUGAGACUGCUUGGUCUUUUUUUAAACAUACCAAAUGCUCUCUAAACAGCUUUCAAUUAAAGCUCAGUUGAAAUGUAACAAAUACAUUUUAAUUUCCCCAUUUACUCUUGGUGUUUGAAACACACUAAAUAUUUUCAGGCAGCCGAAGGUAGUUUGAAAGAGAGAUGACUGCUUAUGACAUGUCUUCAUCCCAAUUCUGCCUCUUUAAGCAGGUUUUGGAGGUUUGUGCUUCAAUCAUCUGCAGACCUGGUUUGACUAGAGAUCAGAGUGGGGCGCGUAUAUAUAUAUAUAUAUAUAUAUAUAUAUAUAUAUAUAUAUAUAUAUUCAUCUGCAGACCUGGUUUGACUAGAGAUCAGAGUGGGGCGCGUAUAUAUAUAUAUAUAUAUAUAUAUAUAUAUAUAUAUAUAUAUAUAUAAUCUCCACCAUGGGGAGUCUCUUAAACUGCUUUCUGCCACCACCCUAAAAUUGCUGACGUGUCGCCAAAUCAUGUCCUUGAUUCAUACACUUCUGGUUUUAUUUGUUUAAAGGAAGUGACUGACAUGAUGACCAUGCCUAACUUUUAAUUUCAAUGGGACUCCUUUGAGUAAUUUCCUCAUGUCAGCCAAUAUGAUAUGGUUCCUAACACUUAACAUGUACAAUAUAUAGAAGAUUGAGAUGUCUUCUCUGUGAGAAUGUGUAUAUAUAGUAUAUUCAUAUAAUGUGUUUCACAUUUAAUGUUGUUCCACUUUGGGAAUUUUACUAUCUGUACAUAGAAACUGAUGUUUAAAACAAAAAACCUUGUGUUUAAACUUCUAAAGUAGCAUUGUUCUCAGAUUUUUUUUUUUACAUGUCUAUAUAAAUGGGUUUUCUAAUAAAUAUAGUUUGUACAUUU